AUGGAGCUUAAUGUGGUCAAAUCCUUGCUUUGUUGGUCAACGCCCGUCUUCUCUGGCUUACCGGUGUUACGACGAUUUUCUUCUGUGCUCCAAACAUCCAAGUGCUGCUUGCCGGCGAAAUCCUUGCCGGAAUUCCAUGGGGAGAAUUUCAAUCCAUCGCCAUCUCUUAUGCCGCAGAAGUAUGCACCGUGGCUCUCCGAAGGCUUCCUCACAACGUAUGCCAAUUUCUGUUGGGGUUGGGGACAACUAGUCGGAAUCGGAGUGAUCAAAUCUCAAGUAGGUCGAACAGAUCAAUGGGCUUACCGAAUCCCUUAUGGACUUAUGAAUCAGUGGAUUUUCUAUCCCCCUUUGAUUAUAAGUAUUAAUUUCGCACCUGAAUCACCUUGGUGGCUUGUCAGGAGAGGACGUAUCGAGCAAGCCAAGAGAUCGUUGACUCGAUUGACGUCAGCCAAAUCUGAUCCGACCUUUGAUGUGGAUGAAACUGUGGAAAUGAUCCGACAUACCACCAAACUGGAGAAUGAUAUCACGUCUGGAGCUUCUUAUCUCGACUGUCUCAAAGGUGUUGAUUUGAGAAGGAUAGAGAUUGUCAGGAUGCUUUGGGCGACUCAAAAUCUCGCUGGCAACACUUUCUCAAUUUAUUCCACCUAUUUUUUCGAACAAGCUGGACUCUCGGGAGAGAUCCCUUACGAUUUUGCGAUGGGGCAAUAUGCUAUCAAUAUGGUCGGUGUCUUCGGCACUUGGUUCCUCAUGACUUACAUUGGACACCGAAAACUGUUCACCUGGUCUCGUAGGCUUCGUGGUCACUCUCCUCGUGAUCGGCUUUGUUGGCCUCGUUCCCGCAUCACAGAAACAUGGAGGCAAUCUUGCCACAGGUGCUUUGAUGCUAGUAUGGGCUGUCAUCUAUCAAUGCACUGUUGGAACCAUCGCAUUUGCCUUAGUCGCUGA